AUGGCUACUUCAUUGAAGCAUGAGGCUUUCCAUAAGAACCUCGAGUGUCCUAUCUGCCUGAGCUUCUUCAAGGAACCCAAUAACCUGACCUGCUCCCACACCUUCUGCAAGGGUUGUCUUGAGACUCUCCUGGAGUCUCGUGGAAAGCUAUUGUGUCCUACAUGCAGGGAGGAGACUUCGGUUCCUGGUGGAGACACAGAGGCUGUGACCUCACAUAAAGCGACCUGUCAACAGUUGGAAGGGCUUCUGAACCAGAUUAGGCCAGAUGAGGAGCUGCCAAGAAGAACUGCAGAGGAAGGUGAAAGAAUUGGCUUCAGGAGUCAGGGAUCGGAGGGACUCAAGUUGGGCCAGCUAAGACAAAAGAAUUCUAAAUCAUGGAUUCUGCGCACGGAAGCUCCACUGCCUUAUGGAAAAAACAUGAACGGGAUGGCAAUAUCACCCCACAAUGAGAUGGCUAGUGUUUCAUCGACGAGACUACGUAGUGAAUUCGUCGAGAAGACACUUCAAGUUUUGGAUCAUUUCCAGUCUCCAGUUUUCCGGGAAUAG